AUGAAAGCGAUGGCCGAAGAGAAUGAGUACGAUACAGAGCCCAAUGACGAGGGUGAGAUUGAGAAGAGACCUGGAAAAAUAUCGGAUUACAUCCCAGCACCCUACAAGAACGACGAGGCUGCCAGAGCUGCGAAUAAUGGGGCAUUGCCACCAGAUCUGAGCCUAAUGGUUAAGGCGAGACAUGGAGGAUGCAAUUACAUAUUCAGUCUUUUGACAGGCUACCCCGAAGAAACUCCUCCAGGAGCCACUGUGGCAGCUGGAUUGAACUUCAAUCCCUAUUUCCCAGGAACUGGUAUCGGAAUGGCGCGUGUUCUGUACGAUGGACUCGUUGAAUACGAAGAUAAGACCCCAGCUACAACCUCGCAAAUGGCAAAGGACGUGGUGGAGUUUUUGAAUUGGACUGCAGAGCCAGAGAUGGAUCAGAGAAAGAAGAUGGGUGUGGCCACAAUGGUAAUAGCAUCAACGCUGCUUGCUUUAAGCAUAUGGGUCAAGAGAUACAAAUGGGCCCCUGUCAAAACAAGAAAGAUCGUCUAUAAUCCCCCUGUGACCAAUUCACCAAGGUCACGGCUUUCGUAG